AUGGCCUCAGGGGACGCCGAGCUCCCCCAGCAGGAUGCCAGCCCGAUCACCACCGAGCGGCCACCUCUGCCGCCUUUUCGCUGUGUUUCCACCCCUUCAUACGAAAGUCCCCAGAGACAUCAUCGCCGGAACCCAAUAGUCAGGCGUCCAGUCAAGGAAACGCUAAAUGCUCGAUCCGAGUAUUAUACCAGCCAGGAUGAUGGCACUGCUGAGCACCGGAUCAAUCAAUAUGUGAUCAAACAAGAGAUCGGCAGAGGAUCAUUCGGAGCAGUGCAUCUUGCCACUGACCAGUUUGGAAACGAAUAUGCUGUAAAGGAAUUCUCCAAGGCCCGUCUACGGAAACGUGCGCAGUCGCAUCUUCUGCGCAGGCCCCGAGGCCCCAAGCGUCCCUCAGAUGGGUUUAACUCCCCACUGCAUCGCCGCCCGCCGGGUGGGGAUGAGCACAAGGAAAACGCUCUCUACUUGAUCAAGGAAGAAAUUGCCAUCAUGAAGAAGCUGAAUCACAACAACCUUGUGUCUCUAAUAGAAGUCCUCGAUGAUCCUACGGAGGACUCGCUAUACAUGGUCAUGGAGAUGUGUAAGAAAGGAGUGAUCAUGAAGGUCGGCCUCGAGGAACGAGCAGAUCCUUAUGAUGAUGACCAAUGUCGCUGUUGGUUCCGCGAUCUGAUUUUAGGAAUCGAAUACCUACAUGCGCAGGGUAUUGUACAUCGCGAUAUCAAACCGGACAAUUGUCUAUUGACGAGUGACGACGUCUUGAAAGUCGUCGACUUUGGAGUGUCGGAAAUGUUCGAGAAGGAUUCAAACAUGUUCACCGCAAAGUCAGCAGGUUCUCCUGCCUUUCUUCCGCCGGAACUGUGCGUCGUGAGACACGGUGAUGUCUCAGGAAAGGCCACGGACAUAUGGUCUAUGGGGGUCACACUGUACUGCCUUCGAUAUGGCAGGCUCCCAUUUGAGAAGGCAAGCAUCUUUGAGCUUUACGAAGCCAUCAAGAACGACCCUGUUGUAUGCGAGGGAGAGACCGACGAGAACUUCAAGGAUCUGAUGUUCCGAAUCCUGGAGAAAGACCCGGCCAAGCGGAUCACAAUGGAGGAGUUGCGGGAACACCCUUGGGUGACGAAGAAUGGACUUGAUCCUCUUCUACCAGAGAGCGAGAACACCGCUGAGAUUGUUGGUCUGCCCACAGAAGAAGAGAUGAACUCCGCCAUUACGAAAACUAUUGGUCACGUUAUGGCCGUGAUCAAAGCGGUUACGCACUUCAAAAGACUGAUCGACCCGGCAAAGGCAGACCCGCCCAUGCAGAGUAUCCUUGGUCAAGAAUACGAAACGCACUUUGUUGAGCCUCCAAUGGAGAUGGAGCCAGAGGAGAGCUUCACAGCCAGCGGCAAUAUGCCCAUACUCAACAAGAGCCAGAGUCUGAACAUGUAUAAUAGGCGUCCUUGGGAACGUGAUAACGUGUUGCAAGGCUUCCAUCAGCGUCGCGACGAUCUAAUUUCCAACCAGUUUACCGACAGCAGCGAGUCUCUCAGCCAUCACAGUAAACCUGGACCUGCACCAGGCAACAACGGCAGAAAUGCUUCCAGAAUGGAGCCUGAACGGAAAGAUUCUGGGUCUAUUCGCAGUCACAAUAUCGCCGGAGGGUCGAUUGACGAUUUCCAAUCCAACUCCAACCCUCAGUCCCCGUCUCCUUUCGUCCCACUAUCCCGGGCUAGCUCGGUCACCACAAAGCGCAGCGUUGAAGGAACCCGUGGCCAUGCACGCGAUCCUCUGGAGGAGGAAUUCCCAUUCCUAUACAUCGGACCAUCAACGUACACCGGCUCGUCCAACGAACCCAACAUGGAUACUGACACCGAUCCCAUCUUCGAAGAACCUGACACCAUGAUAUCUGCCGAACCCGACGAGAUGGACGUCGACGUUUCCCAUCCAAUUGUAAGCGAGUCUCCCGGUGCCGCGGAUUUCGACAUCUACGAGACCGCCUAUCGACAAGAAAUUGAACGCAUCCGGACCCGCACCCUCCCUCGGCAAGGCACCAUUCCCAAGAUGUACCUCACCCGCCGCGUGGAAGGACGAGACGAUGUGAAGAAACUCGUGGGACAACAUAGCCCCGAUUCACCUAUAGCAUCAGGCCGAAAGAACACAGGCCUAAGCCUGAGCUCUGCAGUUAGCGCCAUCAGACUUCAAUUGGAGCAACAACAGCGACAACAAGAACAAAAAGCACAGCAGGCUGCAGAGAAUCAAAAACCGGCCCCACUUCGCCCAUCUGCGCCAUCUGCCUCCGGUGGCAUCCCGGAGCCAGUCGCAUCGUUGUCUGCGGCGGCUGGUACCACCACGACUAGUGCCCCUGAGACAUCUAAUCCAUCAGAUAUCUCCUCGACAACCAGGUUAAGGUCCUUGCUUGAUCGGGUUAGGAGUAGUCAGGACCCGUGA